AUGCCCGGGAUCGUGGUGUUCCGGCGGCGCUGGUCUGUGGGCAGUGAUGACCUCGUCCUGCCGGCCAUCUUCCUCUUCCUCUUGCACACCACCUGGUUUGUGAUCCUGUCUGUGGUGCUCUUUGGCCUGGUCUACAACCCGAACGAGGCCUGCUCCCUGAACCUGGUGGACCACGGCCGCGGCUACCUGGGCAUCCUGCUGAGCUGCAUGAUCGCCGAGAUGGCCAUCAUCUGGCUGAGCAUGCGCGGGGGCAUCCUCUACACAGAGCCCCGCGAGUCCAUGCAGUAUGUGCUCUACGUGCGCCUGGCCAUCCUGGUGAUCGAGUUCAUCUACGCCAUCGUGGGCAUCGUCUGGCUCACUCAGUACUACACCUCGUGCAACGACCUCACUGCCAAGAAUGUCACCCUCGGGAUGGUCGUCUGCAACUGGGUGGUCAUCCUCAGUGUCUGCAUCACUGUCCUCUGCGUCUUCGACCCCACGGGCCGCACCUUCGUCAAGCUGAGAGCCACCAAGAGGCGGCAGCGCAACCUGCGGACCUACAACCUCCGGCACCGCUUAGAGGAGGGCCAGGCCACCAGCUGGUCACGCCGGCUCAAAGUGUUCCUCUGUUGCACUCGGACGAAGGACUCACAGUCAGAUGCCUAUUCCGAAAUCGCCUACCUCUUUGCUGAGUUUUUCCGAGACCUCGACAUUGUGCCAUCUGACAUCAUCGCCGGCCUGGUGCUGCUCCGGCAGCGGCAGCGGGCCAAGCGCAACGCCGUGCUGGACGAGGCGAAUAAUGACAUUUUGACCUUCCUGUCUGGGAUGCCAGUGACUAGAAACACCAAGUAUCUCGACCUCAAGAACUCGCAAGAGAUGCUCCGCUACAAAGAGGUCUGCUACUACAUGCUUUUCGCACUGGCCGCCUACGGGUGGCCCAUGUACCUGAUGCGGAAGCCUGCCUGUGGGCUCUGCCAGCUGGCGCGCUCCUGCUCGUGCUGCCUGUGCCCCACGCGGCCCCGCUUUGCCCCAGGAGUCACCAUCGAGGAGGACAAUUGCUGUGGCUGCAAUGCCAUUGCCAUCCGGCGCCAUUUCCUAGAUGAGAACAUGACCGCGGUGGACAUCGUGUACACUUCCUGCCACGACGCGGUCUAUGAGACCCCUUUCUAUGUGGCAGUGGACCAUGACAAGAAGAAGGUGGUGAUCAGUAUCCGGGGAACCCUUUCGCCCAAGGAUGCCCUGACGGACCUGACCGGUGACGCCGAGCGCCUCCCCGUGGAGGGGCACCACGGUACCUGGCUGGGACACAAGGGAAUGGUUCUCUCGGCUGAGUACAUCAAGAAGAAGCUGGAGCAGGAGAUGGUCUUGUCCCAGGCCUUUGGGCGAGACCUGGGCCGAGGAACCAAACAUUAUGGCCUGAUUGUGGUGGGCCACUCCCUGGGUGCGGGCACUGCCGCCAUCCUCUCCUUCCUGCUGCGCCCCCAGUACCCUACCCUCAAGUGCUUUGCCUACUCCCCACCAGGGGGCCUGUUGAGCGAGGAUGCCAUGGAGUACUCCAAGGAAUUCGUGACGGCUGUGGUUCUGGGCAAAGAUCUUGUCCCCAGGAUCGGCCUCUCCCAGCUGGAAGGCUUCCGCAGACAGCUCCUAGACGUCCUACAGAGAAGCACUAAGCCCAAAUGGCGAAUUAUCGUGGGGGCCACCAAAUGCAUCCCCAAGUCAGAGCUGCCUGAGGAGAUCGAGGUGGCCACCCUCGCCAGCACACGGCUCUGGACCCACCCCAGCGACCUGACCAUCGCCCUGUCUGCCAGCACCCCUCUCUACCCUCCUGGCCGUAUCAUCCACGUGGUCCACAACCACCCAGCAGAGCAGUGCUGCUGCUGUGAGCAGGAGGAGCCCACAUACUUUGCCAUCUGGGGCGACAACAAAGCCUUCAAUGAAGUGAUCAUCUCGCCGGCCAUGCUGCACGAGCACCUCCCCUAUGUGGUCAUGGAGGGGCUCAACAAGGUGCUGGAGAACUACAACAAGGGGAAGACGGCCCUGCUCUCCGCUGCUAAGGUCAUGGUGAGCCCCACUGAGGUGGACUUGACUCCUGAGCUCAUCUUCCAGCAGCAGCCACUGCCAACGGGGCCGCCCAUGCCUGCUGGCCUUGCCCUGGAGCCGCCGGCCGCAGACCACCCAAACAGCGUCAGGAGCAAGUCCCAGUCCGAGAUGAGCCUGGAGGGCUUUUCAGAGGGGCGGCUGCUGUCCCCAGUGGCGCCGGCGGCGGCGGCCCGCCAGGACCCCGUGGAGCUGCUGCUGCUGUCCACCCAGGAGCGGCUGGCGGCGGAGCUGCAGGCCCGGCGGGCGCCCCUGGCCACCAUGGAGAGCCUGUCGGACACCGAGUCCCUGUACAGCUUCGACUCCCGCCGCUCGUCUGGCUUCCGCAGCAUCCGCGGCUCGCCCAGCCUCCAUGCCGUGCUGGAGCGCGACGAGGGUCACCUCUUCUACAUCGACCCCGCCAUCCCGGAGGAGAACCCGUCCCUGAGCUCGCGCACCGAGCUGCUGGCGGCCGACAGCCUGUCCAAGCACUCCCAGGACACGCAGCCCCUGGAGGCGGCCCUGGGCAGCGGGGGCGUCACCCCGGAGCGGCCUCCCAGCGCAGCGGCCAAUGAGGACGAGGAGGAGGGGGGCGGCGGCGGCGGCGGAGGGGCGGCCCCCGGGGGAGAGCUAGCCCUGCACAACGGGCGCCUAGGGGACUCGCCCAGCCCUCAGGUGCUGGAGUUCGCUGAGUUCAUCGACAGCCUCUUCAACCUCGACAGUAAGAGCAGCUCCUUCCAGGACCUCUACUGCAUGGUGGUGCCUGAGAGCCCCACCAGCGACUAUGCCGAGGGCCCCAAGUCCCCCAGCCAGCAAGAGAUCCUGCUCCGUGCCCAGUUUGAGCCCAACCUGGUGCCCAAGCCCCCGAGGCUCUUCGCUGGCUCCGCAGAUCCCUCCUCAGGCAUCUCACUCUCACCCUCCUUCCCGCUCAGCUCCUCUGGCGAGCUCAUGGACUUGACGCCCACAGGGCUCAGCAGCCAGGAGUGCCUGGCCAUGGACAAGAUCCGGACUUCAACCCCCACCAGCCACGGGGCCAGCCCCGCCAAGCAGGACGACCUGGUCAUCUCGGCGCGCUAGCACCCCCGGCGUGGCUGCCGGCUGAGACCCCGGGCUGAGCAGGGGGCCCCUCAGGCUCCUGGUGGCUGCCCCCAGGGCCAGGUCGCUUUGAGGAGAGCCCCCCCCUCCACGGGCCAGUUUAGCUUCAGGCACUGGGCGCUGCUGCUGAGCUGGGGGUCUGCAGCCCUACCUCAGCUUAGGACCACCCGGCGUCCGGGAUAAGGGUCCUUUAGAUGGGGGAGGGAUGUGAAGCAGGGAGGAGCCUGGGGUGGCCUGCUGGGUGGGCUGGGCAGCCCUCGGCCCUCUCAACCUGCCUGUCCCCCACAGGACAAGGAGUGGGCAUGCCGACUCCCCAUCACUGCCCUCUGGCUGCACUCCCAGGGCCAAGAUGGAGAGCAGCCCUCUCCCCACAUCCUCAUAUCUGUGGUCCAGGCUGGUGUCCGCCCUGGCCACCCCCCAGAUCUGGUGCCUGCUGGCCAGCCCCCUGGGGUGACCUCACGCCAAGGUGGCCCGCAGUGCUGUGUAUGUUUACAGAUGUUGCUGGGCCGGAAUCAGGAGGUUUCCUGGGCUUGCAAGUGCCCCCCCCACCCCUACCCUAUCAUGGGUUCUGAGCAGGGAGGGGAGGGGGCCCAUCCCCACGGAGCCCAAGGCAGCCACCAGGCCUGGAGGGGCCUGGAGGAGGGUGGGGUCAAGACUACCCCUUUUCUGCUUGGUGCCCCUCAUGCCGAUCCCUCUGGCAGUGGGUCCUGGGCACCCGGGCCUGCCCCACCUGCCCAUUACUUCCUGUCUUGCCUUCUACCCCAGGGGUCCUGGCCGCUCAAAGGGCAGAAGGCACAGGCAUGACCACCGCUGGCUUCAGAGUCAGUGCCCUGGGCAGAAGGAGGACACCCAAGUCCCCCUUCCUUUGAGGGCCCCAUGUAACCCCUCUGUAUCACCUCGCCCCCACACCUAGGCAGCCUCAGGCCCUGGGGUCUGAAGCCAGACAUGUCCCCGCUCCCCUCAGUUCCCCCUCCUCACUGGCCUGAGUGCUCCCCCAGUGGAGGUCUCUUCCCCCCAACCCUCCACAUCCGUCCUGUUGGCAGGAAGUGGAACCAAGAGGAGGGUAUUUCAGGAUCUAGCUAAAGGGGGAGCAGGAGGGCCAGGGGCUCCAGGGCUUUCCCCCCCCUUAUCUGGAGGCCUCCUGCUGGGCUGGGGACGCAAGGGGGAGGUGGUGCAUGCUGGCGGGGGCCAUGUGUGUGUGCAUGUGCAUGUGAACUGCUCCUGAGGAGGGGGCCGCGGGGGCUCCCACCCCACCUGCUUGCUGCCCCUCCCAGCCCACCAAGAACAUAGACUAGGAUGGGGGCCUGGGCGGUGGUGGGGGAGGGGGGGGAUGCACAGGACGAGCUCAGUUUCAUAUGUUGCCAUCCCCCGUGUCCCACCUGCUUCUUGGACCCCGGGUUUGGAAAACUGGUGUGUGCCCCGGCGCUGACCGCCUGCUUGUGCCUUCGUCUCCCCGGAGGCAGACUCCCCCAUGCUGCCCCACCCCAUAGCCUCUCUGGAGCUGCUAGACUCCCCUGACCAAGAUCCACACACACCCCCCAAUCUCAUGAUCACUGGUAUCGGGGGCCUGUGUCCUGACCUCCAUCCCACAGAGCUGGGACUGGCCUGGAUGCUGCUCUGGGACCCCCUCCCCACCGUAACAGAUGGAGCCAGAGUCCGGGGAGCUGGGCCUCCCUCCCUCUCUGACACCCCCGUUCACAAGACUCCAGGAUGCCCCUGCUGAGGGGCCCGCUGCCAGCAGAGCUUGGGCCCAGCAGAAGCAGGAUGGAAUCAGUGGCUCUUAGAGUUUAGAAAAAAACAAAUCGUAAAUCAGAGUAAAGUUCCAACAAGCACCUCAGCCAAUUGCAGGGACAGACUUGGUGUCUGGCCUUUUAAUUCCUCCUCUGCCAGGGUGGCCCCCGGGACCUCUAAGGGGGCGUGGUAGCCGCCCAUACCCAGGACUGAGCCAUCAGGGACAGACUCCCCACCCCCACGGCUGCAGCCACACAUGGUUCCAGACCUGGGGCUGGGGCAGGCUUGGACUCAGCCCUGGAUGCCGCAGGGUCAGCCCACCCGGAACCUGCCCCCUCCCCGCCACACCCCCUGAAAGAAUGGGCCUGCUGCGCCCCUCUCCCUUCCUCCCCAUGCCACACUUGGGGGCCUCUGAGCCUAGGGUGGCUCAGACCCCCACCCCCCAGUCUGCUCCCAGAACGCAGCACAAACUCCCAGCCGUGAGCUGGCCUGUUCUCCCCGGGGUCUUCGUGACCUCCAUAUGCAAUCGGUAGCGAGCAACUGGGCCCCAGACACUCAGGCACUAUCCGUGCCGUUCUCCCGCAACUUUUUGUACUUACUGUAUGAAAGAUCCACACUAAUAUUGCUGUAAAAAGGAGAGACAAAUUAAUAUAGCUUAUUCUAUAAAUAUAUCUGUAUAUAAAGGUUUCUGUAUAUUGUAUAGAGCUGUGUAUAAACUGCGUGUAGAAGCAC